CGGAUGGCUGGAUGGGAAACGUCGUGCGUUAAAUCGCUGUUGCCCCCAAACUGAACGUGUUUGGGACUCUCCUCGCGCCGAACGAGAAAUUAGCGAGGUUUCCAUGGCCCGCCGCCGCCUCGCGUCCCCCGUCUUGCCGUUCCCGGAGCCAGUGCCGCCACUGGACAACGACGAUCUCCUCCGCGAGAUCCUGCUCCUCCUGCCUCCGCAGCCGUCCUCCCUCCUCCGCGCCUCCGUCGUCUGCAACCGCUGGCGCCGCCUUGUCUCCGACCCCGGCUUCCUCCGCCGAUUCCGCGCGCACCACCGUAAGCCCUCGCUCCUUGGCUUAUUCUCCUUCGAUGGCGAUGAAAUUUAUCCCUUCAUCCCGACGCUGGGCCCGCCCGACCGCAUCCCGGCCGCGCGAUUCUCCCUGGCGCGGCGCCGCCGCCGCGAGAGCUGGCACUUCGUGGAAUGCCGCCACGGCCUCGCCCUUUUCCUCAACAGGAUACGCCCCGAGGCCGUCAUCUGGAACCCCAUCUCCGGUCGCUGGCGCCGAGUAACUUUUCCACCAGAGUUUGGCGACGCUAGAGAGAGGGACAUCCUAUGCGCCGCGGUGCUCUGCGCUGCCGGUGAUGACGACGAUGGCCAUGUGCACGGCGACUGCGACCUGAACUCUUUUAAACUGGCCUUGGCGCGCCGUGGCGAACAAGCCCGCACACUUGUGUUCGCUUGCCUCUACGAAUCCAAGUCUGGCGAAUGGGGAAAUGUUAUCUCAACAACGACCACGGCUCUUUUUGUUUGGAGAAAGCCCAGCGUCCUUGUCGGGAAUGCACUUUGCUGGUUGCUCAGUGGAGGAGGAAAUGAAGGUGACAUCCUUGAGCUUGAUUUUGAAAUGCAGAAGCUUGUUGUGAUUGAUAAGCCAGGAGACAGCCGGCUUGCCCGUUGUGCCCGUUCCUGCCUCCAAAUCAUCCAGACAGAGGAAAGUAAUCUCGGACUCAUCAUUCACACAGGACCCAGCCUGCGGUUAUGGGAACAUAAGGUCAAUUAUGAUGAUGUUGCUACAUGGGUCCUUCAGAAAAUCAUUGAUCUGCUCGAGCACCUUUCGCCCGUCGAGCUCAAAUGGAGUUUGAUACUGUGGUACGAUGAGGUUCACAAUGUGAUAUGUCUGUGGGCACCUUAUGCUGAUGGUUCUUUAAUGAUCCAACUCGACUCAAUACAAUUCUGCAACUGUUUUCGAAUCAAUUUCGAAGCCACUAUAUCUCAAAAAAGAAAAUUUUGCUACAGCACCUGUGUUCCAUACACAAGUUUUUAUACUGCAGACUGGGCAACUGGUGGCAGAGAGGAUGGACCUGAAAUGUUAAGCAGUACAAGACCGGAUUGUCCUAAUAGAUAA